GAUCUAUUUGAAUCCCCAUCAGGAACAAGUGAGUCCUGUAGCAGCCAGCGUGAGUUACAACAGACAAGGAGGCUACUCCUGCAUUGCCAGCGUACGCGUGACAAAGCUGGGCCCAGGAAAUCACUACUUCAGGAUGUACCUUUUUCGGACCGAGAACACCGGAGUCUUCAGCGCUUUCACAACUCCUAUUUCUUUUCCCGUUCUUGUGUGUGAUCCACCUCGGCUCUGUGAGAAAAACAACAAGGUGUGUGUCACCUGUACCGCUGUUGGGAUUCCUAGUGGAGACAGAGGGCACUAUUACUGCUCACUGUACAGAUCUAGCAGACUACAAGAACAAGUGAGUCCUGUAGCAGCCAGCGUGAGUUACAACAGACAAGGAGGCUACUCCUGCACUGCCAGUGUACUCGUGACAAAGCUGGGCCCAGGAACUCACUACUUCAGGAUGUACCUUUUUCGAACCGGGAACACCGGAGUCUUCAGCGCUUUCACAACUCCUAUUUCUUUUCUCCCGCCCCCUGCUGCCCCCGUCCUGACACUAGGAAGGCAAACUUUCUCUGGAGACAGCGCCGACAAUUUCGUUCAACUACUCGCGGGACAGACAUAUUCAGUCCGCUGUGACGUCACCGGUGGAAACCCCCCUGUAUCUAGAGUGACACUGAUCUGUCCAGGCAUCAACCCUAAAACACAGGAGGGAUCCCAGGUUUCGGCUUACCUCACAAUGACCAGUUACACACAUGACCAAACGUGCAAGUGUGAGGCUGACCAAAGCUUGGGAUACUAUGAAAAAGAAAAAACCUCUGUUGUCAUAAAAACUGUUUAUGGGCCGCUUGCAGUGUCUGUGGAUGCCUCCCCGAACCCUGUCAACAUCUGUCCCCGAACCAGCCAUGACGUCACCGUGGUGUGUUCUGUCAAGUUUGAAGACAUCUACCCUGAGCCGGUGUUUCAACUGUACUGGGGCGGCCAACAAGUGCAGAAUGAGAAAGGAAAGUUGCGAACAGAUUCAUAUAAAAAACGUUACUAUACUCUAGUUAAUCACUAUACCGUCAAUGUCAAUCAAGCUGGAAGUAUCAACUUUCGCUGCGAGGUCUACAACUCAGUGCACACAAAUGAAAAAGCUUCAAGCAACACUUUAACAGUUCCAGUGAAUGCUCCACCGCCUUCUUCUCCAAAACUGACAAUAUCACGGGGAGUUUACCACGGGAUCCAGGGAUAUUCUGUCCCGAUGACCCCGGGACAGAAGUACUCAGCAAGCUGUGACGUGUCUGGGGGUCAGCCGCCCGUGUCCAGUGUCACACUGACCUGUCCAGGCGUGAGUCAGAAGACGAUGUCCGGGACUUCAGUGUCUCUGGCUGGCAUUGUAGUCGCUGAGUCGGCAGACCAGGAGAAGUGUGUAUGUGCAGCACAGCAUGUGUCACAGUGCUACAACCUGAGGACUGAGGUCACCAUUAGUGUGCUGUUCUCACCUCAAGCUGUCACUUUUGAGAGAACAGACAGUGACAAUAACUCACCUGUGGACAUCUGCUCAGACUCCCCGCAACAAAUUAUACGGCUCCAGUGUAGAGCGACCUCUAACCCCCAGCCACAGUUCACAGUUCUCGUGAACAACCAAGAGUACGCAAGGUCAAGGCCAGAGCGUGUAGUUGGAAGUGGAAAAAACACCUACGUGUACUCGUAUGACUUUGUGCCGAAAGCUGGAGGAACCUACAACACCACCUGUACUGCCAAUGGAGACAAGACAGCGCCUGUUGAAAGUGACCAGCUCACCAUUCUCGUCAGAGAGCCACCUCAAACGGAACCCAAAAUCAUCAUCACCAGCAUAGGACCAUCCGGCAACGUCUCGAAAAACCCGGAAGUCAUCUAUAAAAGCACCGUUACAAAUGUCACGUGCUUUGUUGAUGGUGGAUACCCGCCGGUGACGUCACAAGACAUUAAGUUGACUUGUGGGAACUUCUCCGGCUCUGAACAAUUAACGCUUCCUCCCAGGCACUCUACAGACGGAGAAAUAGCCUGCUCUUGUAGUGCGUCUCACAUUACUGAGUGUUACUCACGAUCUGCUCACACAAGAUUUAACGUUUCAGCACUCCCACUGAGCCCUGAGGCGAGCACGGACAACUCUGACGUCACUGGGGUCGCCUCUGUUGGUGUCGCUGUCGUCGUCGUCGUCGUCGUGGUGGUGGUGGUGAUUGUGCUGGCGUUGAGGAGAAGAAGUAAGGGUGUGGGUCUUUUUGUUGUUUUGUUUUUGUUGUUUUUUAGUAAAUGUUUUACGGCGCUCGCAACUACUAUUAAGGUCAUAUGAGCGGGCGGCACACCU